CACAGUAUAUACCUGAUCAGAAAUAUGUAAUGAUGUCCUGCCUGAUAUCCUGUACUGAAGCUUAUUAAUGUCAUUUUCCUAUCUUUUAUUAUUAUUAUUCUCUUUGUAAGUAGGCUACAGUUAAUGCAACUUGUAUCUUUUUUUAUAUAAUAUAAAUCUUCUUUACUUUAAAUUGUUUGUUAAUUUCCUUGUUUUACUGGAAUAAUAAUAAUAAUGAUAAUAAUAAUGACAAUAGCAGCAUGUGGUGAAGCCGGAUCACAGGUGUUGUCCUCCUGUUCUGCAUCUUUAAUUGAUGCUGUGAAUAAUUGAUGUGUCACAGAAUCAUGCUGCUGUGGUUUCUCUCCGGCUCUCUGCUUCUCUUCGGCACUUUUGACGUCUGGUAUUUCCUGCGAGGCUUAUGGGUGGCGCUCCGCUGCUGCUUCCAGAGUCCCAUCCGGGAUGUCCUGGCCGAGCAGGUGGUGCACGGCAGGGUUCUGCUGCACGACAUGGACUUUAUGUGCCACAUGAAUAACGCCCGGUAUCUGCGCGAGUGCGACUUCGCCCGGUUUGCGCACGGCACGCGCAUUGGCCUAUUCAUGGCCGCGCGCGCGCUCAAAGCCACCAUGGUUGUCGGAGCCACGACCAUCCGGUACAGGCGCUCGCUGGCGCUCGGAGAGGGGUUCGAGCUGCGCACCCGCAUUGUGUCCUGGGACGAGAAGUCCUUCUACCUGGAGCAGAGGUUCGUGUCCAAGUCUGACGGCUUCAUCUCUGCGGUCAUGCUGUGCCGGCAGAACGUCAUUCGAGGAAGCCCGCAGAAUAUACUGGAGUUCCUGUGCAAGAGGAAGGUGGACUGCCCAGACAUUUCCGAGGAACUCCAGCACUGGAUUCGGUUCAUCUCUGCUAGCAGUCAGGCUCUGAGAGCAGAAAGCGGACUGGACGACAAGACCAAAUGAUCAUGUCAGAGCAGACCAAACAGUCAUUACCGUAAGCCUUCCUCGUGCAUGUAAGUUCCCCGUGAUGCUGACCUUAAUUCAUCUUACUUAUCUCCAAGUGUCUGGGUUUUGUGAUCCCGAACCUGCGGCUGGUUGGCAGCCUCAGCUCUUUCUCCAAACACACCAGCCCUCCAUUUUUAGUUUAGAAGUAUUGCAACGCCAUCAUUACUGUAUUUACAGAAUCCAUUCCAGAAGCUGCAAGAAUGAAACUGAAAACACAAGAGCAUGAAUCUCUGUUGAGAAACAGAGCGCAUGAGCGAAUGUAGAAAACACUUGACUCCAUUGACUUGAACGCUCGGGGCUUCUAAACGCUCCCUUGACCAGAUACGCACAUGAACGUGACGGGAAAAAAAGCACUGAAAUUAAUCUGAAUGAUGAAAUUGAGUUUGAGAUGUGUGUUGUUUUAUUAUUAUCAUAUCACCUCAUGGAUUUGUUCUGUCGGUCAGAUAUGUUAAUGUACUUAUUUAUUCAAUUUUAAAACUGAAAUUUUAUUAUUAUUAUUAUUUAUGAAAAGGGAUCAUGUGAUUAUUUAACUACAAUAAAUUGAGAUUUGCAUAAUUUAUUAAAGAAGAGUCUAUAUGUAAAAGAAAUGUAAAGGCCUGUAUUGAAACUUGAAGACUUGCAUUAUGAAAUAAAAAAUGAAUUAUAAAUAA